AUGUCGGCAGCAGAUGUAAUGGCCUCUCUCGGGCCCCUCAUUCGCCUCUGGGGAGUCUCAACGGCGCAGUUGCCCUCGCCAACCGAGUCUGCCGAUGAACUCGCCCCCUUCCUGAUCUCAGUCCUUCAGGAAGCUGUCCCUUUUAUCGACAGCGCAGCGCCCAAAUCGUCCGGGCCCUCCUCUUCUACGCCAAGCACCAAACUAUGGAAGCACAAGGGUGACAAGUCGUCCCCGGACUCGACCGCCAAGGUAGAGGUCUCGGAGCGCGUGGUGGGCGCCGGUGAGUUGGAGACAGUCAUCAGCCGCAGCGGACUGGGCGACAAGAAGCCGGUCAACGAGACCUGGAUGUGCCGGCGCAGCGUGCACGAGGACCGGGCGGCGCCGGGCACGGCCAGCUGGGCCGAGUUCGAGCGGUGCUUCCGCGACGAGCACGCCGAGGCCGAGGACGCCUUCACGCCCAACGUGGCGGCGACGCACGCGGCGCUCGUGUGGGACUGCGGCGGCGUCGAGGCGGCCGAGGCGGGCGAGACCUGGACCGGCUUCCAGCUCAAGGUCCAGGAGAUGCGCCACCGCAUCGGCAAGCCCCUCAAGGACCGCACGUUCCCCGUGCUGCAGAUGACGGCCGCGGCCCGCGGCAAGAGCGAGUUCCUCGUCGUCAGCAUCCCGGUCCCGGACUUUGGCACGGCCGAGGCCAGCCGCCUGGCCCGCGAGAAGGGCGCCCAGGUCGCGAGCUACGUCAGCGUGGAGCGCAUCCGCAAGCUCGACGACGGCCGCAUCGAGUGGCUCAUGGCGACGGCAAGCGACGCCGGCGGCGUGCUGCCCAUGUGGGUGCAGAACAUGGCCAUGCCCGGCGUGGUCUGGAAGGACGUGCCGCUGUUCCUCGGCUGGAUCGCCAAGGAGAGGCAGCACAAGGAUGUCGCAAAGGUUGGCCCACUGGGGAAGCGGGCAGGGGAACAACAAGCACCGCCGCCGCAGGCCACGACGGGCGAUGACGCCAAGGCCGAUGUUGAGGGCAGACCGGAGGUCACGACGGCCACGGAGACUCACAAGGCGCCUGCGGUAUCCGAGCCAGCCGGCAGUGUCCCGCAGGGUUCCAGCGUGUCCUGA